GGGUGGGUCACAGGGGGCGCUACAAGACGAGUCGCGGGUACUGGAAGAGAAGGGGAGAGGACUGCGAGGGAUACGAGCAAGCGACACCCCCUCAUGUUCUAAGCAGUUUUAGCAUUCUCCACUUUGUUCCGUUUCAGAAUGCCAGGGCUACCGCAGAGAAGGUAUCCACCUGCGAACACAUGGACACCUCUAUUUUUAAAGCUGUGAAUACAUUUGUAGCCACAUGAUCACAUGCCGUCAUUGCGUAGUUUUUUAAAAAAACGGAGGCAGAAAAAUAUUUGCAUUAAAUAUAGUUAGUAAAGUUUUGUUAACUUUUGAAAACAUUAUCACCGCAUAUUGCUUAGUAAAAACAGUUGAUGUUCGUGUUAAACUAUGUAGAAGUUGCUUUUUAAAAAGCUGAAAAUGGCUUGUUCGGAGAUUUUGCAGGAGAAAACAGCGAACCGCUUUUUAUAAAAGAACACUGAAAUGAAUUACAAUCAUUAUAAGCAAAUGUCAUCUAUGAUCUCUGUUAACCAUUUGCUCAUGGGCAAGACGUAAUGGACAGCAGCUAGAGAAACUUAGAUGGUGGCCCCAACUUCAAGGGCCCAGUUCAUGGUGGAUACUGGAGACUUGGUGAAACAGCUGGUCAGGGGGCACGUGCCACCGCUCUCUGCCAGGGCCAAGGACUUUUCCAUCGAUUCCCUGAUCUCUCGUUCCCAGAUGCCGUUCAGUGACGACAGCUGCAACGAAAGUUGUUGCUCCGAGGAGCCCCUGAUGUCGCCAGUCCCUGAAGAACCUCUUCUCUCUCCCCUUGAGAAACUGGUUGAGAGGACAACAAGUCCAGGUCAGCUGAUCCAGACUAUAUCCCAAGCCAGUAAUCCAAAUCAAGUGCGGAAAAGCGAAACUUUCAGCCCUGUCGGCGGCGCAUCGGAAAAAACCGAAGAAGGAAAAUCCGGCUCCAAGCAACCCGCCCCGAAAGAUCCUCGUCUCCAGGCCAGGUGCAACUGCGAAGAAUUGAGAAACGUGGAAGCUAUCCUUGAAACAAAGGACUUAUGGGAUAAAUUCUUCGAACUUGGAACUGAGAUGAUCAUUACGAAGACUGGAAGACGAAUGUUUCCAACUCUGAGAAUAUCCUUCACCGGCAUCGAUACAAGCGUGUCUUCUGCUAAGUACGCUGUUCUAUUGGACAUAGUACCAGUAGACCAAAAGCGAUAUCGAUAUGCUUAUCACAGAUCUUCGUGGCUGGUAGCUGGUAAAGCAGACCCACCUUCGCCUGCCCGACUUUAUACUCACCCGGACUCACCGUUUAGUGCAGACCAGUUACGGAAACAAGUGGUCUCCUUCGAAAAGGUCAAGUUGACAAAUAACGAGAUGGACAAACAAGGACAUAUUGUCCUGAAUUCCAUGCACAAAUAUCAACCUCGAAUCCAUCUUGUCCGUCUAAGACAAGAUAGUCACAACUCUCCCAUCAUCUCCGACUUGGAGCAAGAAAGAUUCCGGACAUAUAUUUUCCCGGAAACUGUUUUCACAGCUGUUACGGCUUACCAGAAUCAACUGAUUACUAAACUAAAAAUAGACAGUAAUCCUUUCGCCAAAGGCUUUAGGGAUUCUUCUCGGCUGACCGAUCUAGAAAGAGAAUCUGUGGAAACAUUACUGAGGGAGCAUGCCUUCCGUCAUUCUCCUUUCCGAUCUCUAAUAACAGGUGAUCUAUCGCCAGAACAACAUGCCUUGGCAAACGCUGCGGCUCUGGGACGCAUUCCUUCUAGCAGCGAGCUAUUGCUGUUGGCAUCUCAAAAUGGAGCUUCACCAUGGAAAUUCCCAGGUGCGCUUGGCUUAGGAAUGGCAGAUUUCAGCUCACUGAUGGCUUCGACAAAUCCUCAACAAGCAGCUGCCCAUUUUGCUAGUUUCUACUUUGGUAUACCAAGGGCAUUCUUUCCCUCGAGUUUACCAGCGCAUUUGGGAGCAAUGACUCCAGCUACUACCAGCAGUAUUAAUCCCAGUGAUAUAGCUGGCCAAGCAAGGACUACUGCACCUUCCAAUUACCCACAAUUAACAGGAAGUGCUAUGGCCAGCCAAGCACUUUAUACCACAAGACUACAACUGUCGGGUCUCUAUCCAGGAUUGAGAUUUCAUCCGUAUUUCCAACCACGGCUUCUACGCCCUUCAUCGGUGACACAGAAAACGGUUGAUUCCAGCUCUGACUGUGAUACUAUGAGCCCCGGUGUAUAAGUAUCUACAUUUUCUGUGAUUUCUAGAGAUGUCAAU